UUCGUGGAUCAGGAUGAACUAUAAAUUUGUGUGGCUUCUCGAUUGAAGUCUCACACACACAACCGAGAAGCAGAGACACAAACCCACACAGAUGAAGCAGGGUAAGCUCACAGUGUUUGUAAAGGACCUUUCCACAGGCUAUUUGCAUGUUAAAACCACUAUCAUACUCUCUUUGUCUGUAUUAUUGCUUCUUUUCGUUCUGGGUAUGUUCAUUAUCGGUCACACUACGAAGGUCUUAAGUUCAGAGGUCUACUUCAUCCCCCAGCUGAAGACAUUUUCCCCACUCACAGCUAAUUGCACUAGCCACGCACAAUGUCAAUGCAACUUUUCUGCGUCUCCGCAGUUACUCCCUAUUAGUUCUCUUCCAAAUAUAAGAGAUUACAUAGCUCCCAAAGAGCUAUGGCACUCCAUGAGUGAUGAGGAGCUAAUAUGGCGAGCCUCUAUGGUGCCACAGGUCACCGAAUACCCUUAUAAUCGAACGCCAAAGGUCGCAUUCAUGUUCCUUGCAAAGGGAAAACUGCCAUUGGCGCCUCUUUGGGAAAGGUUUUUCAUGGGACAUGAAGGUUUCUUCUCAGUUUAUCUCCAUGCAGCACCGGACUUUAAGAACGAGCCCCCCGAAUCCUCAGUGUUUUACAAUCGGAGGAUACCAAGUAAGGCAGUUGAAUGGGGAAAGGCCACAAUGGUUGAAGCAGAGAGGCGCCUAUUAGCCAAUGCCUUACUUGACUUCUCAAAUGAGAGAUUUGUACUACUCUCUGAAUCAUGCGUACCUCUCUUCAACUUCACCACAAUCUAUGACUACCUCAUCAACUCGAACUACAGUUUCAUUAGCUCAUUCGAUGACCCGAGAGGCACCGGCCGGGGGCGCUACAACAGGCGAAUGUGGCCAACCGUGACAUUGUCCGAUUGGCGCAAGGGUUCACAAUGGUUCGAAGUUCACAGAAACCUUGCCCUGAAGAUAGUAUCAGAUGUAACCUACUACCCUAUAUUUAAGGACCUCUGCCAGCCUCCUUGUUACAACGAUGAACACUAUUUGGCAACUCUGGUGAGCAAAGUUGGCCCCGGCAAGAACUCAAAUAGGAGCAUUACCUGGGUUGAUUGGUCCGUAGGUGGGCCGCACCCUGCAACAUAUGGGAGGCAACAUGUGACAGAAGCGUUUCUGAAUCAGUUGAGACAUGGGUUUGAUUGUACCUACAAUGGUGGCAUUAGUAACAUUUGCCACCUCUUUGCUAGGAAAUUCCAUCCUAGUACAGUUGAGCCUCUGCUAAAAAUAGCUCCGACUCUGUUUGGAUUUAACACCGAUAAUAUUACCACUACAAAAUAACAUCAACAUGGUUUAAAUCAAGCAUCAA